UUGUUACGCAUAUGGGAGAGUGAGAGCAUGUCUCAUAAACGCCAUUAUGACAUCUCCAUGUCAAAGAGAACAAGAAAGCCAGCCAAAAUCCAAGAUGAGAUUCAAACCGGCACAUUGAACAAUGACGAUCAAUACGAGAAGUUUGGCACGAAAGGGUUCGAGAACAACGAUCAUAAAAGCUUAAAACAACUCAUCAAUGGGGAAGGGAAAACAGAAAUAGGGUCGGACGAGAGGAACCGAGAUAGGAACUCGCUCGGGAAACACUUUAGUGAGGAAGAGAUCAACGGUCUUCAAAUUGUGAAGAAACAACAUGAAGAUGGACUACAAGGAGUGAAGCUGAAAAAAGUGGUCGGAAAAUUUUUGAGAAAUUUGAUCAAAGGUGGUAGUGAUCAACACCAGCUAAUGAAGAAGGCAACUAGAAAAAAGAGUUUCCCCUAAUUCACAAUGAAGAGAAAGACAUUAUUUCUUAAUGAUUGUAUAUGAAACUAUAUAAUAUACAAUGUUUAUAUGUAUUGUAUAAAGUUUAUUGUUCCAGUUCUCUUUAUAUAUCACAUAUAGAUUUUAAACCUAA